UUGCGUUUGAUGUCCGUGUUCUCGCGACAUUCCGCGAAGUUUCCGGUGUUGUGUAUGUUCCUGGAAACAUGGCGGCCAGCUUCCGCGGCCGUCCUAUCCGGAGUCUUCGGAUGCGAGGGCGGAAUGACAGCGGGGAGGAGAACGUACCGCUGGAUCUGAGUAGAGAACCAUCAGAAAACUUCCGGGAAAUUCUUCAAAAUGUGGCUAAACCACAUGGAGUUAGCAACAUGCGAAAACUGGGCCACCUGAACAAUUUCAUAAAGCUCCUCUGCAGUGUUGGUCAUCACGAGGAGCAGUUUGGGUUUACAUAUGAAGAAAUCAUCAUUUGUCUUCGACUGGCUUUGCUGAACGAAGCAAAGGAAGUGCGUGCUGCAGGUUUGCGAGCACUUCGGUACCUCAUUAGGGACACAUGCGUGCUUCAGAAGGUCCUCAGACUACAGGUGGAUUAUUUGAUAUCCAGAUGCAUUGACAUCCAGCAGAGCAACGAGGGGGAGAGAACUCAGGCUCUGCGACUUGUUCGCAAGAUUAUCAGUGUCAAUGCGAUGCUGUUCCCCACCUCCAUCGCAAACUCUCUAAUAGCUGUUGGCACCGAUGGACUGCAGGAGAGAGACCGAAUGGUUCGUGCUGCUAUCGCCAUUGUGUGCGAGCUGGCCUUGAAGAACCCAGAGGUGGUCGCCAAACGAGGAGGUCUCAGCACUAUUCUAAAAAGUGUCAUCGACUGUCAGCUUAGUCGCAUCAACGAAGCACUGAUCACCACCAUCCUCCACCUUCUCAACCACCCGUGUACCCGGCAGUAUGUCCGCACGGACGUUGAGCUAGAGCAAAUCCUCGCACCUUUCACCGACUUUCACUAUCGGCACAAUGCAGACACAGCUGAAGGGCAAAUCAAGGAGGAUAGAGAAGCCCGUUUCUUAUCGAGCCGAAUGGCAAUAGUUGCUGCCUUCCGUUCCUGGUCUGGGAUUAUUAACCUCUGCAAAGAUGGAAAUUCUGGGAUUCAGUCUCUGAUUGGAUUACUUUGCAUACCAAAUACAGAAGUUCGGAAAGGCCUGUUGGAGGUGUUUUAUGAAAUAUUUAGGCUCCCUGUGCCCAUUGCAACCCAGGAUUUCACCGAAGCUCUCCAAAGUGUUGACCCAGCCAGGUUCCAGGACACCUGGAGACUGUCAGAUGGGUUUGUUGCUGCUGAGGCCAAAGUCGUCCUUCCUCAUCGGGCCCGAUCGAGACCCGAUCUGAUGGACAACUACCUGGCGUUUGUUCUUUUAGCCUUCAUCAACAGCAGUUUGUUAGAGGGGCUGGUGGAAGUGGUGACCAGCAGUGAUGACCAGCUUUCUGUCAGAGCCACCAUCCUCCUUGGAGAGCUUCUACACAUGGCAAACACCAUCCUCCCUCACUCCCACAGUCACCACCUUCACUGCCUUCCCACCCUCAUCAACAUGGCGGCCUCGUUUGACAUCCCCCAAGAGAAACGACUUCGUGCGAGUGCAGCGGUGAACAAUCUGAAGCGCUUCCACGAGAAGAAGAAGAAAGGUCUGAAACCGCACAGUCUUUACCUGGAUCACAUCAUUCGCAAGUCCGUGUCUACGCACAACCGCAGAGAUUCCCACUCACGAGUCCAAAAAGACAUCUAUGUGAUAAAGGACACAGAGGAAGCACUGAUGAUGAACCUGAGAGACAGUCAGAUUCUCAACCACAAGCAGAACCUGGAUUGGAACUGGGUGCUCAUCGCCACCAUCCUGAAGUGGCCAAAUGUCAACCUUAGGAACAACAAAGAUGAACAGAUGCACAAGUUUGUUCGAAGGCUGCUGUAUUUUUAUAAACCCAGUAGUAAAUUGUACGCUGGGUUAGCCUUGGACCACCCAAACGCUCGACAGCUCACUGUGGUCGGCUGCCAGUUUGUGGAGUUCCUCAUGGACUCAGAUGAGGACGGUCAGGGGUACCUGGAGGAUCUAGUGCGGGACAUGGUGUCAUGGCUGUCCUCCUGUUCAGGACUGAAGCCCGACCGCUGUUUGCAGAGCAACGGCUUACUCACCACACUAAGCCAGCACUACUUCCUUUUCCUUGGGACUCUCUCUCCACACCCACAAGGAGUCAAACUACUAGAGAAAUGUGGCCUGUUUCAAUGCCUGCUGAAUUUGUGCUCCAUAAAGAACCAGGACGCUGUGCUGAAACUCGCCGUAACCACAUUGGACUACAGCCGAGACGGUCUGGCCAGAGUGAUCCUCUCUAAGGUCCUCACUGCAGCUACUGACACGUGCAGGCUGUACGCCACCAAGCACCUCCGUGUGCUCCUGCGUGCGGGCGUGGAGUUCUUCAGCAGCUGGGGCAUGGAGCUGCUGGUCACUCAGCUUCACGACCACAGUAAGGCGGUUUCCAUGGAGGCUCUGGACAUACUGGACGAGGCGUGUGAAGAUAAGGCCAACCUUCACGCUCUGAUCCAGCUGAAACCCGCCGUGUCCCACCUGGGAGACAAAGGCCUCUUGCUGCUCCUCAGGUUCUUGUCCAUUCCCAAAGGUUUCUCCUACCUCAAUGAGAGGGGUUAUGUCAGCAAACAGCUGGAUAAAUGGCAGAAGGAGUACAACCUAAAGUAUGUGGACUUGAUAGAGGAGCAGCUCAAUGAAGCACUGACGACUUACCGCAAACCUGUCGAUGGGGACAACUAUGUUAGACGCAGCAACCAAAGGUUACAAAGACCAAAUGUCUAUCUGCCUGUGCACUUGUAUGGUCAGCUUGUCCAUGAUAAGACAGGCUGUCAUCUGUUAGAGUCUCAGAAUAUGGUUCCAGACCUCAGCUACACAAUCCGCUCCCCGAUGCUGGACACCUGGGAAGGAAUUAAACAGCUGAAGGCUGCUCUCUGGGCUCUGGGCAACAUUGGCUCUUCAAACUGGGGAUUGAAUCUCCUGCAGGAAGAGAAUGUCAUUCCUGAUAUCCUCACGCUGGCGCAGCACUGUGAGGUUCUGUCAGUGCGAGGAACUUGUAUUUAUGUGCUCGGAGUGAUUUCCAAGACCAAGCAAGGCUGCGAGGUGCUGAAGCAGUACGGUUGGGAUGCGGUCAGACACAGUCGCAGGACACUGUGGCCCAUCACUCCGGACGAGGUUGACACGCAGCUGACUUCAGAGCUGUCCUCUGUUCCGAGCACGCUCAGUCUGAACUCGGAGUCCACCAGCUCCCGCCACAACAGUGAGAGUGAGUCUCAGCCAAACAUGUAUAUCCUGGAUGAUGAAAAGUGUGAUCCUCUGGACCUGUCGGAUGAGCCCUCUCUGUAUUUCCACUCCAAACCAAUCAAGGAUCGCAGCCCCUUUACGAUCCUGGCUUCCACGCGCUUCGUUCGUCCCCGAUUCCUCAACUCCUUGUCCCUCCCCAGCAAGAAACUGAGAUCCACCAGUGACCCAAAGACCCUGUCAGGCUCUCGCACACCAACAGAGCUCAUGACUGGGAGCAUGAGGCGGACCAGGACAGUGACAGAACCUUCAGCCUACAGUCCAAACCAGGGGGACGUCUUCUCCUCUGUGUUUAACGGCAGAGGGAUGCCAAAGAGUCCAACAGUUAGUCUGGAGACGUCGUUCGUUGGGACCAAAGGGGACUCUGAGGAGCAUCUUGUGGACAACAGGCUGGCGAGGGGAGGGUCCUCUGGCCUCGGCGGUCUCGUUGGACACGGACCCGUGGAGCCCCACAGUCGAGAGAAGGAGCAGAGCAGCCGAGAGCGCUUAGCGGGAGACGGCAGCUCUUCUUCCAGUGGCGGGAACGUUGUCGGGGGAGGAGGGGGCACUCAGUUCAAAAGCCGCAGCCAGAGCUUUAACACGGACACCACAACCAGCGGCAUCAGCUCCAUGAGCUCCAGCCCCUCACGGGAGACCGUGGGAAACCCCGAGCAUCCGGAGCCAGAGCCCGACUCCUCCGACUGUGUGAGCCUCAACACCGUCGUCUCUGCCAAGACGGUCAAAACCAUCUCCUCCCCGUCCCCGCAGCCGCAGACCAACCACAUGUCCACCUCAUCCAAGUCCCCCAACGUCUCCCUGGUACCGCCGGGCUCCUCGCACACUCUCCCCCGCCGGGCCCAGUCUCUCAAGUCUCCCUCGGUGACCACCAUCAAGAGCCUGGCUGACUGCAGCUUCAUGUACACCAGCCCUAGAGAUGCGCUGGGCUACGCCACACUGAAGAGGCUGCAGCAGCAGAGGAUACACCCGUCCUUGUCCCACAGCGAGGCGCUGGCUUCACCCGCUAAGGAUGUGCUCUUCACCGACACGAUCACCAUGAAAACCGGCAGCUUGGACUCCAGAUUAACACCUCGCAGCCUCUCGCCCCAGAUCCUCUCACGCACCUCUCCGCUCGCCCUGCCUAGGUUCCUGAAAGCUCUCAGCUUUGCCUCUCUGGACAAAGAGGAACUUCUCAGCCCCAUUAACCAAAGCACUCUGCAGCGCUGCUCCUCGGUGCGCUCAAUGGUCUCCAGCGUCACUUUCGGGUGCAACGACGAUUACAUCGGCCUCGCGCUGCCGAUGAACAUCAACGAUAUUUUCCACAUUCGAGACGCGGCCUACUUCCAGCAAAGGAUCAGCCCGCCUUCAGAGGAGAGGAAGCGCUUCCUUUUUGGAGACGGAGACGGAGAUCGACCUGCUCUCCCGCUGCUGAAGCAACAGUUUAGCAUCUCUGAGUUGAUCGUGUGCCGAGGUGACACCCAGAACCACGUGGUGGGUUCAGAGGAGACGGGCCUGCAGGAGCACACUGAGGAAAACUGUCUCUAUUGUGUGGGCUCCAUCGUCCUCGGUUGCCCCACACAGCCACAGAUCAACAGCACCCACCCCCGGACAGAUUAUGUGGACUUCCAGUCAUGGGGAGGUCAGAGUGGUCAUCGCUUGGAGGUGAUGCCCCAGUCGAAGUUCUCUGGGGUGUCUGGCUGCAGCGAUGCUGCUGUGUCACAGGGCUCCAUGUCCAGCACUCCCACAGCGAAUGACAUCGUCAUCGGUGGAAAGGCGAUAUCAGAGGACGGCCCUGCCUCUCGAGUCCUGCUGAGGAAGGAGGUGCUUCGCCUCAUCAUCAACCUCAGCUCCUCAGUUGGAACCAAAGGCCACGAAACAGGACUUCUGACAAUAAAGGAGAAGUUUCCGUAUGCUUUCGACGACAUUUGCCUCUACUCCGAGGUCUCACACCUCUUGUCCCACUGUAUGUUCCGCCUGACCUCAAGGCGUUUCAUACAAGAACUCUUCCAGGAUGUGCAAUUUUUGCCAAUGUACGAGGAAGCAGAGGCAAUCUUGACAAAACUACCAAAACCUGCUGAGGAGGAUCUGAACCCUCCAGCAGAAUCGUGAUCCCUCUCCUCGCGCCCUUUGUGUUUCUUGCACAGCUACGGUCCUGCCUCCUCACAAACACGGAUGGACUGCAAAAGCUAAUGCUCCUUGCACAGGAGGUUGUUUGGCGUGCUUCUGUUGCCUAAAACAGAGUAACAUGGCCAAGGAAAAAAGGAGGACGCACUCAUCACUCAAGUUUCCUCCGGCGAAUUUGAGCUGGAAGCAGAAAAAAAAAAUGCCAGUCUCUGGAAACAACUGUAACACACCUAACACUGUUUAGACUCCUUUUUUAAAAAGAAAAAACACGAAGAAGCAGUUCAUCCAAUACUGUUUUCACUUGAAUCGCCAAUCUUGAGGAGUACUCAAAAGUACAUUCUGCUAAAGGACAAGCUUAAUAGACAAGUUCUGUUCAGAAAUCACUUUAAAGUGGAGCAUUUUCUCUGUAUUGCUUUGAAAAUUAGCAUGUUGUCGACCUGGGAUUUAUUCUGACCUUACAUAACACUACACGGGAUCUUGUUGUUUUUAAAAACCUAACUGCGCUAGGUCACGCCCUCAUUCUGACUUCUGAUCCGUUCCCGCCAAAUAUGUGCGUUCACUUCUCUCACCUCAUCCCUCUCUACAACCUGUAGCCUCUUGUCAGCACAGACAGCUCAUUACUUUUCUAUCUCUCCUCUCUCAGACAAUCAAACAUCUCUAGUAUUGUAUUUUCUAAAUCAUUAUAUCUACCACUUUUACUCAGUACAUAAUGAGAGUAGCAUGUAGUCUAAUGCUAGUUUAUUCCAGCCUUCACCGUAUUGAUAGGACCUUUAAUAUGUUUUUUUUUCUUUCUGCCAUACAGAUUUUAGCGUGCUUUACAGAAAUGUAGGUUUUCAAGAAUGCUCUGUUUUUUAAGUUAUUUGUAAAAUGAUUACAGAUCCAGAACCAAACCUCUCAGAUAUUUCCUGCAUCUGCUCUUCACAAUGCCUUCUUACCUGUGUGCUUCACCUCUACUGCAUGUUCAACAAGCAUGGCAAAGUUGCUUAAUGUAUUUCUUGCUUGUAAAACCUCUUUUUUUUAACAAACAAACAAAGAAAAUAGAUUGCCAUUACAUUCUGCCAUACAUUGUUAGAAAUAUGAUGAGCCCUUGAUCUUUUUUCCCAAUCCACUAUGACGCUUUGUGAUUGGGUGGGAAGGAGGAGGACAAAGGAGGAGGAGAAGGUGCGAUGUAGUGCAGUGUGAUGACUGAAAGAUAAUGUAAAUGGUUUCCAGGGAAACUUGGUUCUCUGUUUCCAUUGGCUUGUUUUUGCUCUAAUGCUGCUACAACAAAUGGACUCGUAGAGAGAUGAUUCAUAGAUCAGCUGAGUGACCUCAGACCCGAUCUAUUUAUUAUAUGUCUGUACCAUAGUGAGCUCAACCAGAGAAGAAAAAAAAUAUUUAUAUUUUUCCUCAAGACUGUAUUAUAAUUUAAGAUUUUUUUUUUUUUUGCCUGAUUCGUGGUUUCCCUUGUAUAAUGUGUACAGUAUGUUUUUGGGGGCGUUGAUGACCUAAAGAAACAUACAAUCCUAUCAAAGGGAUGCAUUGUUAAUAAAACAAAAUUUAAAAUACCCUAAA